AUGUCUUUCAUCAGCUACGCGCAGUCGCUGUGGGGCCCCUCCACGGUUUCUUCCAACCGCACUUUGAGAGGUGACAGCGGCGUGUCGUCGCAGCAGUUGGGCAGUGGGGUGUGGCCUCUCUCCGCUCAGGUGCGGGAGGAGAUGAAGAGGGGCACGCGCUACAACAUGAAGGUUGUGCUGCGCGGCACCCGGGCGACUGGCAAGAGCACUUUGAUGGCGCGUCUGAGCAGCCACCCGCUGCCGGCGCAGUACACCCCGUCUACCGAGAUCAUCGCCUCAACAAUGCGGUUGCAAGGAGAACUUUGCGCCCCACACGAAGGCACGAAGGUAGACAUCUGGGAGGUUGUCGAGGAGGGUCGCCAGCGAUCCGCCUCGUCCUCAUCGACGAACACCGGGGCAGCAAUGGCCGGCCGCAUCCCAACCGUCCAGCUUCAGGAGGCUCUGAAUGUAGCGGCAGGUGCACGGUUGCUCGACAUGUAUGCUGGGUGUCAACUCGUCAUAUUCAUGAUCGACCCUCGUCAGCGCAGUUCAUGGGAGUACGCGAAGCAGGAAACGCUGCACGUGCCACCCACGAGCUGCAUCCUGUACGCCCUGAACUUCUCCGAUGUGGAGCCGCUCACCGGCGCUAGCGGGGCCGUCCGACUGGAGGAGGUGCAGGCGUGGUGUAACCGCGUGCGUCGAGCCACCACGCGGCUCGUGCACCGCGUGCUGGAGGGUCGUCAGGCUCCAGCUGAGUUUUCAGUGCGUCCCAUGACUGCGUUGCUGAGCGCUCAGACAGGUGCAGGAAUGCUGGGCGUCGUGCGAGCUCUGCACGUGGCCAGCACACUAGUCCGCAUCACAGCCGAGGAGGUGCGAGUUCAGCAACUCUUCGCACUCCUGACGCGUCAACAGGCAGCACCUAUUGCUGGUUUCGAUUCGACACGUACCCCACCAACCGGCACAGCAUCGGUUGGGGGCGCCCAUGCCGACCAAGCACCAGCGCCAGGGAAGCCGCCGCCUGCCGAAGUACUGAGAGCUGGUCCGCGCACCUCGACAUCGUCAUCGCCUCUGUCUCUGAACGAUUCUGGGGGAUCUUCGGUGAAGACAGGAGCGCACACUUCAAUGAGAGAUGCUGCGCAGACUUCAGACCACCCCUUGGUGGCGAUUGCUGAAGUGCAGGCAAGCACGACGCCAGCGUUGCCGUCGGCCUCUGGAGGCCUGCGAAUGCAGCACCGCUCCAGCGCUGUCGUGACGACCGUCAGUAAUGGAACUCGCUGCGUAAACGGGGGCGGGAACGGCACACAUCCGCAACAGACCUCGCUCACUCGUCCGAUGAGCGACGCAGAGGCCAUGAGGCUGUUUCUGGGCAAUAGCGACUCUGGCGCAUCGGGCCAAUCGUCGCCUCGCUCGUCCUCAUCCUCCUCCGUCUCGGGUGCGGCGAGUAGUCGUGCCUGUGUGGCGGCAAAGCGUUGCCCUGCCGCGCAUCCGUCCGACGCCGCGACUGCACAGCUGUCAACCUCAAAUCCAGCACCGGAAGGGUUGGCACAAAGCGACUCUGCUGGUGCUAAUGCCAACGCGGGCGUCUCUGGCUUGACGCCCCCAUCGCUGCCGGGGGAGCUGCCACCUCCGUUGCCCGCUCCCCAGGUUCUGCGACCGCUGGCAGAGGACGUGGUUUGCUCCUUGGCUGCCGAUAUGGUGCACGACGUGAGUGUGCCCGCGGACGACUUCUUCGCUGAGGAGGGAGAGAAAGACGAGCUAGAUGGCGCAUGGCCAGAGGUCGAUCCUGCAACACCAACCUCUGCUGCCCAGCAGUCCGUGGACCCUGGCUUACGCACCGUCCGCACCUUGAGAACGCAGCGCGUGGUUCCGAGGGCAAACAUUCCUGCCUCUGCUCAGGCUGCUGCGCCAGACCCUGUUUUACAAGCCGACGUGUCUAUUAUCCUCGCGCAGAUGACGGCUGCGCUCACCACAGAUGUGCCUACAACCACUGCGCACAGUGGUCCCGACGAUGCAGUGGUGCGACGCGCUGCCGAGCUUGACUCUGUACAGCCGGAAAUGCUGCCGACAAAGAGAUUAAAAAAGCUACGGCACUUGGGAACCGGCGACCCUGAGGCUCGUGGGAACCGCCGCCACCACCGAAAGAAGCACCGUAAUGCGGCAAACGGGGACGCGGUGGCCGCCACGGCUGAGGUGCCGGAGGUUGUGGACAAUGGAAGUUUCGACUUGGUUCUGGUGUAA